AUGGCUGGCAUUAAAGCUCUGGUUGGUUUGUCAUUUAGUGGAGCUAUUGGACUGACAUUCCUCCUGCUGGGCUGUGCGCUGGAAGACUAUGGCGUAUACUGGCCGCUGUUUGUUCUGAUUUUCUACGUUUUGAGCCCCAUCCCAACCUUCAUAUCCAGACGCCUCAGUGAUGACGAUUCCUCGAGCAACGCGUGCAGAGAGCUGGCCUACUUCUUAACCACUGGCAUUGUGGUGUCGUCUUUUGGGCUUCCUAUCAUCUUAGCUCGAACUAGCACCAUCAAGUGGGGCGCCUGUGGCCUGGUGAUGUCAGGAAAUGUUGUCAUCUUCCUCACCAUCCUUGGCUUUUUCUUUGUCUUCGGAGGUGGGGACGACUUCAGCUGGGAGCAGUGGUAAAAGGUUUCUGGACAAUUCACAGACAGAUGGGUGAAUAGUUGAACCAGCGAUGCACAAAGAGGGUUGUGUUUGUCCUAUUUACAUUCAGGGGGUGACCCUCGUGUAUAGAGAGCAGAGUUAUUAAUUAAACCUGUGCAUUAUCAAGCAGAUUUUUUUAGGAGGAUUAGGUUCAGCUGGUAAUAUGUACCAUACAAAUGUGCCUUAUGGACCAGGGGACACUGAUGCCUCACUAUUCAUCAUGUGUAUUUGAGCUUGCUUUAGUUUAACCUCUGCACGCUGACUGUUUUGCUGCCAUCCAAAAAAGCAACUAUUGUAAUUUACACACCGCAAAGCGUACCACAUUGUUUCUUUUUUGUUUUUGUUUUUCAAGAUGCGUGGUUGUACUGAAUUAUGUCUUGCUCAUUAAAAAUACUUUGUGCUUUCUGAAGCUGAAAGACUAGAAAAGGUUCACACUUUCUGACAGGUAGAUAAGUGAUUCAAGUAAAGAGUCAUUUGUAUGUUAUUUCCUUAGUUUUCACUUUGGCUUCAGAUUUUAAUGCCUUGCUUUUUGACUUUGUGCAAUUGUUUACAUUCUCACCAAAGAUUAUAGACUGCAAAAAAAAAAAAAAAACAUUGUUCAUCACUGAACUUCUGUGAAACAAGUAACACGAUCUUUAAUAACCAGCCAGAUUUGUAUGAACAGUCUUCAAAAAAAUAGCCACGUUUAUUUUAGAUUAAUAUUUAUAUCAAAGACACAGAUAAUGACUAAAGAUCAAAGUUAAUAUAUCGAAUGUUAUUUUCUUCAUGCUUUAUGCACUUCUACAGCGAAGGGCCACUUUUGCAAGCUUGUUUGUGAUUGUAUGUUUUUUGCAGUCUAUAUUUCAUUACUAGAAAAAUCAACAGUUUUGUGUUUGUUAUAGCUUCAUAUUCUGAUUUUUUUUUUUAUUGUUGGUAACUAAUAAUAAUGAGAUCCUGUUUUCUGCUCUUUCCAUUACGACUUCAUGUAAAACUGUAGUUACUGUCUUAUUUGGUUUGAUUUAUUUCAUGUUUGGUUCAUUUCUGCAUUAAAGGGGGAAAUAUCGUUUCUGUAUCUGACAUUUUAAAGUCAUAACUCUCAAACACUAAUGGCAACGCAGAAAUUAUUUUGUAAGGUUCUGACUUUAUGUGGGUUAACAU